GUUUCCAAAAUUACCCUCAAAAGAGUUGAUGCUAUUGGUGGACAAUUUUAUAAUGGGGUUGGUUGAGGAUAUUCAAGUAAUUUUAUCACACUAUUUAAGAGUUUCUUAAACUAUGUGCAAAGGACGACACUUAUUUUGGAAUGUAGGGAGUACUAUUCUAAUUAUGUCCACACAAAAACAAAACAUUACGGACGUAAUUUUUAUUUCAUAGGAAGGAAGCCAAAGCGGCUUUGUUACACUUCAUCCUGAUAGAGUCGGGAUGAAGAUACAAUAUCUAACUCUAGACUUUUUUUCACCUUUGAAGGAGGCUUGAUAAAAUAUGCUCCUCUAAUGAGCAGCACAGGCCAAAUUUCGCAAGGGCAUCCGCUGUUUCAUUGUUCCACCGCUUGGUAUACCCUACCGAAAUUUGCCAAUUAAGUUUAAAAAACAACCUAAUCCUAUGAAAUAUAUUACUGUUCAAAAACGAAGAGUAACACAACUGACUUAAGAGAGUCUAGUUCUAAAAGUAGCCUGAGUCAUUAGACGAGAACAAUAAUGCAUGCGGUCAGGUACGUCCAAAGAAAAUUGAAAAUGGGGUUGUUGGGAUGCUUUUAAUUUUACAAGGCGGGCGGACUUUGUACGCAAACCGAGGCCCACUCUUGUUCAAGUUGAUGUUUAUUCGUCCCCCCCAACAAAUUCAUCGCCGACUCCAUUGAUUGCAAGAAAUGCUCAGACCCAGGACACCCCUUUUGCCUUUUUGGAACUUAAAUUACCAUUCUUGUAUCAGAAAAUGACCAGUAAUCGUAACAGUUGCAAUAAUCUAUCUCAAAGCAAUGAGGGAAGAAAGAAGAGAGCAGCAGUUUUAAUAUGCAUAUUUGAAGAUCCCAACGGUGAACUUAAAGUCAUCCUUACCAAAAGAUCCAUGAAUCUAUCAACUCAUCCAGGAGAAGUAGUGUUACCCGGAGGAAAGACGGACGAAGCAUUGGACGCCGACGACAUCGCCACGGCCUUACGAGAAGCAAAGGAGGAGAUCGGGUUAGCUCCCAAUCUGGUUAAAGUGAUCACGGCGUUAGAGCCAUUCGUGUCUUUCCACCUACUCACCGUUGUCCCCGUAGUAGGCUUCCUGACCGGAAUUGACGAUUUCAAGCCCGUCCUGAAUCCCCAUGAAGUUGACGCCAUUUACUACCUGCCUUUAGAAAUGUUCAUCAAGGAAGAUAGUACUCAUUAUCUUUGCCAGGCGAAGGAAUGGGAAGGCUGCAAGUAUAUUUCUCAUGUCUUCCGUUUUAAUCCGGCGGCGGUGUCGGAGGUGAGAUCGGAGCCUGUUCAUGAUCAGGCCAAAGACGGCGGGAGUUUGCAAAUCGGAGGUUUAACUGCCAGCGCCUUAAUUCGAGCUUCGUCGCUCAUCUUCCGACGGCCUCCGCCGUUUACUCAACUUCUACCCGAUUUCACUCAGCUGCAGCGGAGUUUGAAUCCUGCCGAAUUCCUGUAGGUUGUUUAAUCAAUCAUUUGUGAACAUCUCGAGACGGAUUUAGUUGGGUUGAUCGUGAUGUUGUUAUGGUGGCAUAUCCCGAUAAUGUAGCAACGUAAUUGCACUUUUAUUCUUUUAAAAAAAGGAUUAGGACUAGAUAAUUGACUGUAUUAUUGCUCUCAAUGCUAAUAAUAUAUAUUUUUUUUUGAGAGACCAUGCUAAUAAUUACGUAUCUAUGCAAGCAAUUGUUUGUUGUUUAAGAAAUUAAAUUUGGAUCCCAUAAUUUAGAGUUUGAAAUUAUUAACUUUACUCAUUCUGCGAUAAUGGAACUUGGGUUAAUAUGUUUUGUUCCUAAGGUUAUAAUCAUGAGG